AUGUUUAGUUUACAUCGUGUUAAUAACCGACCUGGACACCUGGCGGAAAAUAAAGUGAUAGUCGGAAUUAGGUCUUUAAGUUUCCAGGAUAAUAUAAUUACAAUUGGUACAGGUGUUGGUGUUAUAAUUUUCUAUGAUAUACGGGCUGCAAAGUAUUUGGAAUCUAGUAUUAACUCCAGUAGAGCAGUUGUGUUAAAAACAAGUAGAGGUUAUGUUUAUCCUGAUGAAGAUUUCAUGGUGGAUCAAGGAUUUCAACAAGUCAACUAUACACCUGCAAUUUAUACACAUUGCUACGAUUAUUCAGGAACCAGAUUAUUUUCUGUCCAACGUUAA